AUGUUAUCAAGCCUGUUUUGGCCGUCUCCAGGGAAGAAUGGGAAAUCUUCAAGUAAUAAUAGACGUCUGAUACCGGAUAUACAACUUGAACCAUUAGAAGAUACAAUAGAGAAUGAUAAUAGAGAGAGAAUUGAAGAUAAUGUUAGUGAUGACUUACAAGAGCAACCCCACGGUCUUACCCAUGAUAAUAAAGAAAAUGGUAAAGAAAGUGAAAGACCGUUACGAGAAGAUCCUGAUAUUGAAAAAAUCGCUAGAUCUAUUUCAAGAGGUUCAGAUGAUGAAGCAGAUCCAAUUUCUCAAGUCCCUCCAUCUCCUAGAAGAAGAAGAUCAAUAUUUAGUCAAGAAUCUCCAAAAAUAAUAACCAAUCCCUUUUCAUAUUUUAAUAAGUUUUCUGAUAAAAAUGAGUCCCGAUAUGAAAGUGAAGAACAAGAAGAAGGUGAUAAACGAAUAUUUAAUCGAUCUCAAACCAUUGCUGGUGUGUUUCAAGGGAUACCAGAAACUGGUCUUAGCGCUAGUUCUAAUCCUGAUAAUAAUAAUAAUAAUAAUAAUAAUACUUUAUUACAUCCUCAUAGUCAAUCAUUUGCUAACUUUUUACCAACAAUGUUUAGUCGUCCAAGUCAUAGUGAAGGACAAGGCCAAUUAGGAGGCAAUGAAGAUUUCCAUAAUACAGAUGAACUUAAUCGACAACAAAAUUUUCGAAAGAAAUUCUUAAAGUUCAAUUUUAAGAAAAAGGAUAAGAAAAGACAAAGUAUGAAUGCUUUGGAAUUUGGAGUUGAACCUCUGGAUCAAGAUAAACAAACGGGUCAAAGAGCUCAAAAAUUAAUUGGACAUCUUGCUCUUGGUACAACAUCAAUGAAUUUAUUAGCUUCAUGUUUAUUAGAAGAUGAACAUGGUAUGGCAAGAGCUCCACUUGUAUUAAGUUUAAUUGGAUUAAAUGUAAUAGAUAUAUCUCCAAGUAUUAAUACUAGAAUAAGAAAAUUUCGAAUGGAAUUAGAAUAUGGAGUAGGAAAUAAUAGACAAAAAUGGUUUGUUGAUAAAAAUGCUCGAGAUUUACUUUAUUUACAUUCAAGAUUUAAAUUUGAAAGAUGGAGACAAGAAGUGGUUCGAAAUAAAAUUAAUAAUUUACCUAAAUGUCCUAUACCUCCAUUAAGAAAUAAGAAAGAUUCAUCUAAUUCUCGUAUAAGGAAAUCUAUUGCUAGAACCAUUACUUCAAAUCAUGAUAAUCUGUCAAUUAAUAAUAAUAAUAAUAAUAAUAAUAAUAAUAAUAAUAAUAAUAAUAUUUCUCCUCGAGAUAAUACAAUUGAUGGAGCAGAUAAUGAUGAAGAUCAUACAUUUAUGAAUCAACUUUCUCGUCUAAGACUGAGACUUAGUAGUAUAUCAUCAAUUUCUGAUGAAUCACCAGAAGUUGUAAGACAUAGAGUUCAAAGUAAUCAAGAAUAUAUUCGAGAUGUUUAUAAUUAUUUAAAAGAUCUUAUAAUAUUAGUUGAUUUAAAACCUCAAUCUAAUAGAUUAUUUCAUUUUUUUGAAUUAUCACCAAUUUCUUCAUUAUUAAGUUAUGAAACUGGAUUUCAAGGUAAACAAGGAGUUGUUCAUAUAACUAGUACAGCUAAAUCUCAAGGUUGGAGAGUUGGACAUUUCCGAGCUAAUGAUUUAAAAGGUAUGAUUGAUAGAAGAGCAGAAAAAUGGCUUUUAAUUAGAGGAUCAUAUGUAUUAUAUGUAUCUGAUAUAAAUUCAACUAUACCAUUAGAUGUAUUCUUAGUUGAUUCAAAUUUUAAAGUUAGUUAUAGUAAAGAUUAUGAUUUUAGUUUUGUUAAAGAUGAAGAUGAAUCUAUAUUAGAUGCAUCAUCAGCUGUUCAAAAACAAAUGGAUACUGAAGUUCAACAAAAUACUCAUAAAAUUUUUAAUCAUUUAAAGAUUACUUUAGAAAAUUCUGAAAGGAAACUUCUGAUAAUUCCUCGAUCAGUUAAAGAUCAUAAAUUAUGGGUUCAAUCACUUAUAGAUAUGAAAAAUUCAACUAUUUGGUCUCAACCUAAUAAUAGAUUUGAUUCAUUUGCUCCAGUUCGAGAAAAUUGUUUUGCUCAAUGGUUUGUUGAUGCUCGAGAUUAUUUUUGGUCUAUAUCUAGUGCAUUAGAAUUAGCUAAAGAUACAAUUUUUAUUCAUGAUUGGUGGUUAACUCCUGAACUUUAUUUAAGAAGACCAGCCAAUGGGAAUCAACAAUUUAGAAUUGAUAGAAUUUUACAACGUAAAGCUCAACAAGGGGUUAAAAUCUUUGUAAUUGUUUAUCGUAAUGUUGGAUCAACUGUAGCUAUUGAUUCACUUUAUACAAAACAUUCAAUUUUAUCCCUUAAUGAAGAAAAUAUUCAUGUUAUAAGAUCUCCCAAUCAAUUAUUACAAAAUACUUAUUUUUGGGCUCAUCAUGAAAAAUUAUGUAUAAUUGAUCUGACAAUUGCUUAUAUUGGAGGAAUUGAUAUGUGUUAUGGUAGAUAUGAUACACCUGAUCAUGUUAUAACUGAUGAUUCAAGAAUUAAUUUUGCAACAUUAAAUGAAGAUGAUAGAGUUACAAGUGAUGAAUAUAUUAAAUUUCAAACUUUCCCUGGUAAAGAUUAUUCUAAUCCUCGAGUUAAAGAUUUUGCAUCACUUGAAAAACCUUAUGAAACUUUAUAUGAUAGAAAUACAACUCCAAGAAUGCCAUGGCAUGAUGUUCAUAUGGUAACUUCUGGUAAAAUUGCUCGAGAUUUAGGUCGACAUUUUGUUCAAAGAUGGAAUUAUUUACUUCGUCAAAAGCGUCCAAGUAGAUUAACUCCACUUUUAACUCCUCCUUCUGAUAUUAGUGAUGAAGAAGCUUUAGAAACUGGACUUAAUGGAACUUGUGAAAUUCAAUUAGUUAGAUCAGCAUGUAAUUGGUCAUUAGGUUUAAAAGAUCAUGAACAAAGUAUUCAAAAUGCUUAUUUAAAAUUAAUUGAAACUUCAGAACAUUUUGUUUAUAUUGAAAAUCAAUUUUUUGUAUCUUCAACAAUUAUUGAUGGUACAGAAAUUAAAAAUCGAAUUGGUGAUGCAUUAGUUGAUAGAAUUAUUAGAGCUCAUAAUCUGAAACAAAAUUGGAGAGCAGUAAUAAUUAUUCCACUUAUGCCAGGAUUUGAAUCUCAAGUUGAUGAACCUGAUGGUUCAUCAGUUCGAGUUAUUAUGCAAUGUCAAUAUAAAUCAAUUUCUAGAGGGAAAUAUUCAAUCUUUGGUAAACUUAUGGCAUUAGGAAUUAAUCCUGAUGAUUAUAUUCAAUUUUUUUCAUUAAGAAAAUGGGGUAGAAUUGGACCUGAUAGAAAUUUAGUUACUGAACAAUUAUAUAUUCAUGCAAAAAUUAUGAUAGUUGAUGAUAGAUAUGCAGUAAUUGGUAGUGCUAAUAUAAAUGAAAGAUCAAUGAGAGGAGUUAGAGAUUCUGAAGUUUGUGCUAUAGUAAGAGAUACAGAAAUGAUUAAUUCAAAUAUGAAUGGUAAACCAUUCUUAGCAGGUAAAUUUGCUCAUACUUUAAGAAUGAGAUUAAUGAGAGAACAUCUUGGAAUUAAUGUAGAUAUCUUAGAAAUUGUUGAAAGAAGAUUUAAAAGAAUUGAAGAAUUAGCUAGAACUAAAGAAGGAAUUAUGGCUGCUACAAAUAAUUUUAGAAAUAUUGAAAAUUUAGUUUUAUCAGCAAUGGUUGAAAUAGCUUCUCGAGAUAUUCUUGGAGAAUCGAAUGGUACUAAAAGAUGGCAAAGAUUUCAAAAUCAUAAAGAUUUAAGUGAUAUUGCUGAUAUUAUACCAUUUGGUGAAGAUAUUGAAGCAGAUGGUAGAUCAAUUCCUGAACCUUUAUCAUUACCAAUUUCAUUUAAUAAUAGAACAGGAAGUCAUGAAGCUAAUACUGGUAUUAGAGAUAAAAAGAAACAUUCAUAUGAUGUAAGAGUUCAACAUAGUGAUAUUCAUCAAAAGGAUGUUUAUGGUGAAGGUUUAGAUAAAUAUAGAAGUAAAUUAGCUAAAAGUGCAAGACAUAGUGGUUCAAGAUUUUUAAAAGAACUUGCUCAAAUAUCUAUGUUUGAAAAUCCUCUUGAAUCAUUUUUACCAAAUCUUCAUGAUGUUAUAGAUUUCUUAGAAAGUGAUGAUCAUAAUAUGUUUGAUGAAAUGGAUGAAGUAUCUGAAAAGAUUAUAACUGAUCGUAAUACAGAAAGAUGGUUACUUCUUAAAAGAAUUUCUUAUUUACAAAGAGUUGCUGCUAAAGAAAAAUCAGCUCAAGAUGAAGAAUUAAAAAGAAGAGUUCGAGCUGGACUUUCUCCAACUGUUGUAAAUUCUGAUUCAAAUACUAAUGGAGAGAAAACUCCUGAUCCUAUAACGGUUGAUGAAAUAUCUCAAAAGAAUGGUAAUGGUAAUGAUAAUUCAUCAGCUCCAUUAAGUCCACCCGAUAGUCAAGAAGCAACUAAGAAAGAAAAGAAUGAACCGGUAAUUCCAGAAAUUGUAACAGGAGGUGAUGUUCCUAUUGUUUCAUUAUCUGAAACAGAAGUACAAGAAUUAAUUGAUUCAUUUGAUUCAGGUAGACAACUUAAUAGAUUUAUAGAUCCUUAUGGAUUUGAAGAUCCUUUAACUAAUGAAUUUUAUGAAGAUUUAUGGUUUGAAAAUGCUCGAAGAAAUACCGAAAUCUUUAGAAAAAUCUUUCAUACUCAACCUGAUGAUUUAGUAUCUUCAUGGAAACUGUAUAAAGAAUUUUCUAAACUUCAAAAGGCAUUUACUGUUUCACAAGAACGAGAAGCAGCAAGAAGAAGAAAGAAUAUGGAUAGAAAUGGAAUCUUUGGAGAAGAAGAAGAGAAUGAUAGUUCUGAAGAUUCCCAAAGUAUUAUUACUGAUAGAAGAAAUACUCAAGCAACUAUUAAUAUGAAUAAAUUAGAUCAAGAAGUUGGAUUAUUAGGUGAAGUUCCACCUUCAUUACAUACCAAUGGUGAUAGUCAUGAUAAGAAAGUUAAUAAUCGAAUUAAGUUGAUGCGUCAUUUAAGUUAUGCUCGUAAUAGCAUUCCUGAAAUAGAAGAUGAAGAAGUAAAAGAUAAAGAGAUAAGUCAAGAUGAUGAAAUAGUCAAUGACACAGAAGAAUAUUUUCCUAAACCUGGUAAUAGCAAUGGUAAUGGUACUAGUAAUGGUAAUAACAAUAGCAAUAGUAAUGGUAAUGGAUAUAAGGAUAUAUCACCCCCAUUACCGGAACAAGCAAGAAGAAGAAGAAGAGGUAUUACUACUAGAAAGAGACCAAUCAUUGAAGAAACUAUAUUUGAUAGAAAUACCGCCGAAAGAAUUUUACUUGAAGUUCAAGGAAAUUUAGUAUUCUUCCCUGCUGAUUGGUUAUGUACAGAACUAGAUGCUGAUAAUUGGUUUUACAGUACUGAUAGAAUUCCUCCGAUUGAAAUUUUCGAUUGA